AUGGGCAAACAGUCGAAAGCGACCAAGAAGUUCGAGAAGUCGAAGCUGUCAGGCACACUCGAGCGCAGAAAAGAUUUCGCCAAAGUCAAACAGCGACACAAGCAAAAAGAGAAUAGACAGCGAAAUGCUGCCAAACGAGCUGAGAAGGAUGAAGCGCAAGUCUCGGACAGUGGUGCGGUCGACGACCAGCCGGAUGUCGAGGACAUGGACCGUGAUGAGUUCUUCCAGGACAGUGUUGCCAUUCCAGAGCCAGUUGCAAAGUCCAGCAACAAGAAGCGCAAGAGGGAUGAAAAGCCUACGAAGGAUGAUGGCUCCGAAGGCGGCUCUUUCGACGGAGAAGACGAGGACGCAGACUUCAAGGGUCAACUAGACGCCCUCGCCCAGAAAGACCCAGAGUUCUACAAGUAUCUCAAGGAGAAUGACGCAGAGUUGCUGGAUUUUGACGAGGAUGCCGAUCUGGCUGAAGUCGAUGCGCUUAGUGACGGAGAAGACGAGCGGCCGUCAAAGAAGCAGAAGACUGCUACCAACACCGAGCUCGACCUCGCCACAGUGCGCAAAUGGAAGAAAGCGCUCGAAGAGCAGAAUUCCGUCCGAUCACUUCGCCAGGUUGUCCUUGCAUUCCGGUCUGCUGUCGCUGGCGACGAAGAGGAAGAAAAGGGUAAGGACACCAAGUACAAGAUACCAUCCUCCGACGUCUACCAUGAAGUUCUCAUCACCGCACUCGACGACGUCCCCAAAGUCCUCGCCCAUCACCUGCCCGUCAAAGAGUCAGCAUCUGGCAAGAUCCACAUCUCAACCAACACGCCCAAAUUCAAGACUCUCAGCCCCCUGAUCAAGUCCCACAUAUCAUCUCUACACACUCUUCUGAACCAGCUUUCCGACUCCACUACCUUACGCAAAGCCCUCGCCUCCUUCGAGCCACUCCUCGCCUAUCUCCUUCAAUAUCGGAAAUUCCUCAAAAUCAUCAUCCGCACAAUAUCUACAAUCUGGUCCAGCACUUCAUCCGACGAAGCCACCCGCAUCUCAGCAUUCCUCAUCUUGCGCCGUCUGACCGUCAUUGGCGAUCCUGGCCUACGCGAAACAAUCCUCAAAUCAACAUACGAGUCACUCGUUCGAGGCGCCCGCUCUCCAACCGAGACAACACUACCUGGGAUCAACCUGAUGAAGAACUCUGCCGCCGAGCUCUACGGCAUCGACCAAAAAGUGUCUUACACCACCGCCUUCAAACACAUCCGCCAGCUCGCCAUGCACCUGCGUACACAUGUCGCAAAGCCCACCAAGGACUCCUACAAACAAAUCUACAACUGGCAGUACGUGCACUCACUCGACUUUUGGUCUCGUGUCCUGACCACGCACUGCAACGCCCUUACCGAAGCCCAAUCCGGCAAGUCCGCAAACGAGUCCCACCUCCGUCCACUCAUUUACCCACUAGUCCAGAUCACCACCGCCACCAUCCGCCUCAUUCCCACCGCGACCUACUUCCCUCUCCGCUUUCACCUAAUUCGCUCCCUCCUCCGCAUCUCCCAAUCCACCGGCACCUACAUCCCCUUAGCCUCCGCCCUCCUAGAAGUGCUCUCCUCGCCCGAGCUCCGCAAACCCGCCACCAACAAACAGCCAUCCUCUACUACCCCACUCAAACCUCUCGACUUCACUACCUCCCUCCGCGCGCCCACCAGCUACCUCAAACCCGCACCUACCAAGAUUCACUCGGCCUUCAACUCCUCGAGCUCCUCUCCGAGUUCCUCGUCCUCUGGGCAAAGUCCAUAG